GAGGCAGAAUCAGUCUCUAAAGUAUGAUAGGAACCAGAAUAGCAUAGUAGUAUAUAGACUAACAGAAGGAUGGGUGGUGAGGUACUGCUGAGAAUAACAGUUAUUGUGUUGAUGAUAUUAGUGAAUUCAACCAGCAGAUAUUAAUUGGAUGCCUCCUAUGGGCCCAUUACUGGGGAUACAGGGAAGAAUUAGCUACUCUGUACUCAAAGAGCAGAAAAUCUACUAGGAGUGAAAGACAUGGAAAUAAUAUAUGCACCAACUUUAAAAAUAAUCAAGAACAAUGGCCAAGAACAAAUUAAGAGGGCCGAAGUCCAGGAAUGUAUUUCACAUAGCCAGCCAAAAAAACUUUAAGGCUAAAAACAAAGCAAAACCAGUUACCACUAAUCUUAAGAAGAUAAACAUUAUGAAUGAGGAAAAAGUUAACAGAGUAAAUAAAGCUUUUGUAAAUGUACAAAAGGAACUUGCACAUUUCUCAAAAAGCACUUCACUUGAACCUCUGCAGAAAGAACUGAUUCCUCAGCAGCGUCAUGAAAGCAAACCUGUUAAUGUUGACGAAGCUACAAGAUUAAUGGCUCUGUUGUAAUAUAGUGGUGAUGCAUCUAAUUCUUCACAAAGACCAAUAAAUUAAAUGUUUUAUACAAUUUUAUUUUUAAAAAUCUUGUUAAUGUACAGGCAUUGGCACAUUUUGAAAACAAACUACAUAAACAUGUCUUUCCUAUAACCUAGGAAAGUGGAAUGUCAGAAGUCAACAAAAUGUGAUAAAGUGCUAAAACAGAAGGCACUUCACAAAAUCUGUUCACUGAAACAGUUAUAUAUCCUCGUUUACAUCCUUCACUUUACAAGUGGCAGUGAAUGUCUGUUUGGAUAGAAGGACAUACAGAAAUACAGGCAGUUUAGUGGCAGUAAAAAUAUAAGACAAACAAGUAAUGAGUCCUUGGCCAACUUGUUUUUGAUGACUUGUAGUGUCCUUUAACUUUCCUCUUGUAAGAAGAAAAAACAGAAGGAUUCACAAUUAGAAGUUGAAAUCCAGAAUCUAGUUACUUUUGGGAGUGGGGAGGUUUGUGGAUAUUAAAUCAUUUAUCCCCUAAAGCAAUCAGAGCCCUUUGUUUUUAUGGUUGAAGUUUUGUGAAGUAAAGAAAGUAUUAAGGAAGAACACUUCAGAAUCAGUGAACUAA